AUGUUCCAGAAAAAGUGAGUGUUCUUCAUUGAUUCCUUUUCGUGAUUCGAUAAAGCGGAGAGAAAAAGUUCUUUAUUAAAUAACUAGAUUUUUCUACAUCAAUUGAAAAUCAAUAGAUUUUUUUUUUUUAAUUAAAAAGAAAUGAUAUUGGAUUGAAAUAUAUAUAUUUUACACAGGCGAUAUGAAUACGAACGAAAGUAAAUAAAUACAGAAGAUAAAACUACAUUUAUUUAAAUUGAAUUUUAAUUUGAAUUAUGUUAGUUUUUGCUUGCCUCUCGGCUAGUUUAUAUAAAUGAAGGUCUGCUGUAAAUAGAAAAGAUAAGAAUAUAACAAAUGAGUUUUUUAAUAUGUCUCAUAAUGUGUUUGCAGAUAUUACAUGUAUCUGAUGCCUCUAUUGUGUUUUAUUUUACCGUCUGUCAUUCCUGUCUACUGUUGGAACGAGACUUGGUCGAACGCUUACUUCGUUCCCACUGUUUUGCGUUACGUUUUUACGCUGAAUAUAACUUGGUUGGUCAAUUCUGCGGCUUACGUGUUUGGAAACAAACUAUAUGAUAGGUUAGUGUUAUUGUCCAUGGUAAUAGGCUUACAUAAAAGAUAUACAAAGAAAGAAGAAGAGAAAGAAAUAAUCGAUAAAUAG